UCAGCCAACAUCAGUCAGCAUCAACAGCUUCAAUAUUUGACUGCCAACAUGGUUCCCUUGGUAGUGAUUUUUGCUGCGUCCGUCAUGGAAUGUGUUUUUGGAAGACCGCCAACACUUGCUCCACUGCCAAUGAAAGACGGCUGCUACUUGGUGUCUCCAGAGGUGAUGAUAUUCGAAAUGGAGGGAGAAGCCAUUAUACUCUCCUUUCCAAUGUUUUGGAGAGUGCUAAAAAAACGCAAUAUAGCCCCUACAACCGCAAAGUACAUAAUCACCAAGGACAAUGAGGCAGAGGAUGCGCCCUAUCACGGCGAGGGGCGUGUCCAGCAGCAUGGCAAACAGUUGUGGGUCCUCCCAGCUCAGGCUUCAGACUCGGGGGAAUACAUCUGCACCUACAGGAAUGACACAUACUGUGUAACGGGGAGUAUCUCACUACAAGUGUACAAGUCCACUUCUGUGGACAUGAAGAAAUGGUCCUAUUCCAUCAGUCACCCAGUGGGGGAGGAUCUGAAAUUCAGCUGCCCAAAUCUAAGUGACUUCAACCAGACAGGCAGACCGAUAGAGUGGUACAAGAACUCCAGCCUAACUUCAGUUCAGCCGGACAAGCCAGGCUCCUCUUUUUGGGAUACAGGAGACCUUGUGAUUCCAGCUGUGAAGAGCUACCACGCAGGUCUAUACACCUGUCAGCUCAGAGUGCUCAUCAACAACCAGCAGUACAAAGUCAGCAGAGCUGUGCUGCUCUAUGUCGAGGGUCCUGACCCUGUAAUCACUACCACUGUGCAUGAACCUUCUAAGACCUCUAACCAAGAGCCAUUUAGCAGCAGCUACAGCACUGUUCACUCUCCUGUUAUUCAAGCCCCUGUGAUUGUCUCACCGUUGAAUGGAACCAUUUUUGAAAGUCUGCACGGACUGGAGGUGAUUUGCAAAGUGCUCACUGACUGUCAAAUGUCAGAUAACACUGAGGUCGCAUGGUGGGCCAAUGGCAAAUCAGUGGAGUCGUCUUACCUUGAUGGGCGAGCUCUGCAGGGUGGAAAGAGAGUAACAAGGAUGUCUGAAGGCUGCCAGAUUGAGUUGAGGCUGAUUGUUGUAGCAGUUACAAAAGAAGACUUAAAGACGGAGCUGAAGUGCAUCACUCACAACCAAGGAGGGAGACAGGAAGUUGUUGUAAAGCUUCAACUAGAGGACUCCACAUUUACAUGGCUGGUGGUAGCUGUGGUGGCUGUUUCCUGCUUUCUGACUGUGAAUUCUAUCUUCUGCUACAUCCUCUGCAAACCUCAAAGGAAAAAGAAAAUGGAUUACUUUCUGGCUCGGCAGAACAGCACCUUUUAACUCUGCUUGUGUACACGUUCCCUCCACAUAGACCUUCAACUGUGGGUUUCAACACUCCUUUUAUUGGAUUUCCGUGUUUACAACAAGCUGUCACCCAAUGUCCUCCUGUUUGUACACCACUGUCAGUUUAACAAUAUGUAGGUCAGUGUUUGCGGUUUCAGAAGCUGGUUUCUCCUAGAAACUUGAAACCUUGGUGUGAAAACGGUUAAGGGAAAACAACCCUCUGAAAUAGGCUACACAUAAGCCAACCAGUUUACACUUAUGGAAAAUGUUUGAUUUAAGAUGAAGUUGUUGACCUAUAUCAGUCAAACUGCUUCAUGGUAUAGUUACAGAGGGCUAAGACGUGCAGAGAAGCUUUCAAAGGAAAAAGUAGCAAAGACACGUGUGGAACUGCUGCAUUAGAUUGAUUUACAGUUUUACAAAGACUUUUUGUGACUUUUGAAAUCUGUUUUAUGUGAUGGUUUUAUAAUUGAAUGGAUAUGGUUUAUACUAUGGCUGCAGACAUUUGGAAAGUUUUCGCUUCAUGCAUUGUCCGUAUAAGUGUGACAGGAUGCUUAAAGAUGUCAUGAAAUACCUUGGCUGACAAUGGCAACGUCUGCAUAAAUACAACAUACAACAACUGAAGAAAUGUGAUUGGUUUCAUUUUCUGGGCAGGUAGGGCAUAAAGAGAUUUAAAACAUAACAAGCAGUAAAAACUUUAUUAUAACUGAUACGAAUUCCAAUAAAACAGCUGAAUAUAUUAUUUUGAAAUAUAUUUAUAUUGUAAUAACUGUGUACAUGGUUCACUGAAGUUGCUGUUUGCAGUAAAUUUAACUGGUUAACAUAACAAUCAGAGGUGUUUCCAGUGUUACGCUCACCCAAAUUAUAGGGCUUAAGGGUGACAUUGAUGGCUCUCUGUGAACUUUGUUCAAAAUUGGACAUUUGUAUCUUUAUGACAGAAUUAAUGUCUGACCUGUUGCAUUUGACUGCAUUCAAUCUAACAGGUGUAUUAAAUAAAAAGGCCCUUGGUGCAAAUGCAA